AUGGGUCCCUGUACGGCCUCCCAUUGCUGCUGUCUCCAUCGCCACACUCUGCCAUGUGCCACUUUCAGGUCUCCUCACACUGCUGGUGAGUUCCAUUUUGUCAUAGGGUUGCUGUAUGGCCUCCCAUUGCUGCUGCCUCCACCGCCACACUGUGGCUCCAAACACUGGUUUUGGCCCCGUGACUGCCCAAAUGUGUGAAGUGUGCGGUGAUUCUAAGAUCGACGGCACUCAUCUGCAUGUCAUACUGACUGACAGUAUUAUUUCUCUUCCCCAGCAGACUCCAAGGGCAUUUAAAUUAAAGGUACAGUGUUCUGCACUAAUAUUA